AUUCCUUUUAAUGGAGCCGUGGGAGAUCAUAAGACUCAGCAUACAAGUCUCUGUGCUCAACACUUGCAGGUUCUGCAUUCCCUUCUCUUCCCAAACCACAAAGCCAUCAAUUGUCAAUCUUUGAUCGUUCCGACGUCGUUCAAUGAGAACCCAAAACUGGAUCGUCGUCGCUUAUUUUCUCGCCCUGCAAUACAACUGCUUCGCAUUGGCUAUGAAUGCAGGGUCGUCCAAAGACCAAAUAUCGUGCACAAUGUGUGAUGCGUGUGACAAUCCAUGUCAACCUUUGCCAUCACCACCACCACCUCCACCACAACCGGUCUACACUCCUCCACCGCCUCCGGCUCAGGAAUCUCAAUGCCCCCCGUCGCCACCGUCCCAGCCAAGUUCGGGUACUUACUACUACUCACCACCACCGCCGCCACCAUCACAGUACGUUUACCCUCCGCCUGCCGGUGGUGGUGAGUUUUAUCCACCGCCAACUGGUGAGAACUUUCCGGCGCCUCCGCCACCGAAUCCAAUACUUCCGUAUUUCCCUUAUUACUAUUAUAACCCUCCACCUUCUGCCUCCGAAUCUGUCAGCCUGAUAAGGGACUAUCUAGUCUUUUCCGUCUCUCUCUUACUUCCACUUUUCCUAUUUUUCUAAAAUAAUCACUAUUUUGUCUAUCUUUCUUUUAGUUUUUAUUACUUAUUUGCAAAUUUUGUCAAUUUGCUUGUUUUAAGUAUAUAGAUGGAUCUGAGAAAAGCAACAAAAGGCCUUGUUCAUCUAAGUAAUCAUAAUGUACCUCUAUUUACAAUGUUACUGAAUUACUAUAACUCAAUUUAACAUUAUUGAUAAUGCAUAAAAUUAUAUUGUAAUUUGGAUUAAUAAAUUUGAGCUUAUUGUUUUUUUU